AUAUAUAUAUAUUUUGCUCAGUUGAAUCCGCCGAACAAGAGAGAAUAAACUCUAGGUUUAUUCUGAGAUCUCAAAGCAAGAUUUAACAAUCUAAAGGCCCUUUUUCUCAUCAUCAAAACCCAGUUUAAUUUCUUCAAAACCCAGUUUGAUCAAUCAACAAUGGCGUUCUCUGUAAAACAAUCGCCAACCUCUUUCAUAUCUUCUGAUUUGGUUCCUUCAAAGCACUCUAGACUUGUCUCUCUGCCUUCCAAUUUGAAGAUCCAAAAAACCCUCAAUUCAAUCUCCGCCGUUUCAAUCCAUAAACCCCUCUAUUUGGCAUCAUUCAUUCAAGGAUCUGUACCCGUUUCGACGACCCGUAAGACUCCGAUCGUAUGUCAAGCUUAUGAAGCCGAUCAUUCUCAGCCUGUCAGCAUCGGUUUGCCGGACGAGAAUGAACAAUCGGAGGCAGCCCAGAAACUCAAAAUCAGUAUCUAUUUCGCUACUUGGUGGGCUUUGAAUGUCGUUUUCAAUAUAUACAAUAAGAAAGCCCUCAAUGCGUAUCCAUAUCCAUGGCUUGCUGCUACUCUUUCUCUUGCUACUGGAUCGUUGAUUAUGCUAGUUUCUUGGACUCUGAAGAUCGCGGAGCCUCCCAAGACUGAUUUCGAAUUCUGGAAAUCUCUUUUUCCGGUUGCUUUGGCUCAUACAAUUGGGCAUGUGGCUGCAACUGUUAGCAUGUCUAAAGUUGCAGUUUCGUUUACACACAUAAUCAAGAGUGGGGAGCCUGCAUUCACUGUUCUAGUCUCAAGAUUUCUCUUGGGAGAGACUUUUCCUGCAACUGUUUAUCUGUCGUUGCUUCCCAUAAUCGGCGGUUGUGCUCUCUCUGCCGCGACAGAACUCAAUUUCAACAUGAUAGGGUUUAUGGGUGCAAUGAUAUCGAAUUUGGCAUUCGUGUUUAGAAACAUAUUCUCUAAGAAAGGGAUGAAGGGAAAGGAUGUAAGCGGGAUGAAUUACUACGCCUGUUUAUCGAUUCUUUCUUUGUUGAUUCUUACUCCGUUUGCUGUUGCUGUUGAGGGUCCUAAAAUGUGGGCUGCAGGAUGGAAAAUUGCUCUAGCCGAAAUAGGACCCAAUUUCAUAUGGUGGGUUGUGGCACAAAGUGUGUUUUACCAUUUCUAUAACCAGGUUUCAUACAUGUCUUUGGACAAGAUCUCUCCUUUAACCUUCAGCGUAGGGAACACGAUGAAAAGGAUAUCAGUUAUCGUUUCAUCCAUCAUCAUUUUCCGUAAUCCUAUCCAGCCUGUUAAUGCACUUGGAGCUGCCAUUGCUAUCUUAGGAACUUUCAUCUAUUCUCAGGUAAAUCUAUCUAUGAAUUUGUUUUGUUUUGUUUUUCAUCUGGUAUAUAUAUAG